AUGCUUCCACAGGUCGAACAAUCUCUGAAACACAUUUCGCAGCACCGUGACGCUUAUCUUCAAGAUCGCGCACAACGCCAUUUACCAAACCGGCCCUUCAUUGUUGGUGUCUCGGGCUGCCAGGGCAGUGGCAAGACGACACUCUGCGACACCCUCGUGCAUUUGCUCAGUAAUGAGCCACACAACCUCAGCGUCGUCAGUUUUUCGCUCGACGACUUUUACCUGACGAGAAACGACCAGGCCAACCUCGCAGCUACAAACCCUAAUAACAAGCUCCUGCAGGUCCGUGGCCAACCGGGUUCGCAUGAUCUUCCACUCGCCCGGUCUACAUUUACCCAACUUUUGGAUCCAGAGACCACGUCUGUCGCUAUUCCAUCCUAUGACAAGUCAUGCUUUGGAGGAUUGGGCGAUCGACGCGACAAGUCUCAGUGGAAGACAGUUUAUGCUCCCUACGAUGUUAUUUUGUUUGAAGGAUGGUCGCAAGGAUUCAAGCCAUUGCCACCGGCCGAGCUCAAACGCAUGUAUCAAGAAGCUACAGGACGAAUGGCACUGCAGCCGCUCGCAAGUCUGGAACAAAUCAAUCGCAACUUGGCUCAGUAUGAGGAUGAUCUCUAUGCAUUUUUCGAUAUAUUCAUCCAUCUGUCUCCGGCGGAUCCAGAACAAGUGUACAACUGGCGAUUGCAGCAAGAACAUCAUAUGAAAUCGACCCGUAGUGUAGAUGGCAUGUCAGACGAAAGCGUUCGUGCGUUUGUGGAUACGUAUAUGCCGGCUUAUGAGUUGUAUCUCCCUCGACUGGAUCGCGUUGGAUUCUUCGGCCAGGGCCUGCGAGGCGAAACGCUCAAGCCAUAUGAAGGACAAAAGCGAGCGGAUGGUGGAUACAGCGGACUUGAGCGGCAUUUACGGCUCGUCUUGGAUCAGGAAAGACGGGUUAUCCGGACACAGCAUAUGAAGGAAACGGUGCUUGUGGACAGCCCAAAGAUCGGCGGCGGCGGCAGUGGCGAUGGUGGCAGCGGAGGAGGCGCGAUCGCUCGCUUCAGCGCCAAACGUUUCCUUUUCAGUUGCGCGAUGAUCGGACUACUGAGUCUUGGAAUCUCGCGCCGUAGACGCAUCAUCGAUGCAGCUUUUAAACUUGCGGGUGCAGCAAAAUGA